AUUACAGUUUUUCUCGAUUGUUUACACACAAAUAUUGGUACUUGAAACACAAUGACCACAAAAUGUAACUCAUGCACCAACCCCCUGAACCAAUUCUGCUAAACUACAAGCACAAUUCCUGCUUUACACUCAAAUUGCAGUUCUAAAACACACUUUUUCCAAAACUCUACACACAAUUGUCAUGAAGAAAAUCUCUUGUUUUCACAAGGAACGCACUGUUAUUCAAAACUCUAAAGUUAAUUGCCCUACUAUGCACACUGACUCCUCACAUGGGCAAACACCUAACACACAUGUUUCCACUCAGCAAUCAGAGCUUUAGCAUAAAAGGGCAACAGGUGAGCUCUUCUGUUUGGAGCAAUGGAGGCCAAUGUUGUAAACAGAGGCAGAGCCACAGCCAGAGGAGUGAGAGUAAGAGGAGGACGAUGGGGAGGACGAGGACGAGGAAGGCCAAGGACAAUCAUUUCUGAUGAGAUCCGAGCCACUUUGGUUGACCAUGUGGUCAACCAUGGCCUAACAAUGAGGGAGGCUGGGCAAAGAGUACAGCCAAAUUUGAGCAGGUACACUGUAGCAUCCAUCAUCCGGACUUUCCGCAAUGAGAAUAGGUAAGAAAUCUACUCUCACUACAAAACUGCAGUACUGCAUAUCAAUACAGUACUCAAUGAGUACAGUAGUACAGUAUUACCUGUGGACUGUUCUGUAGGACAUUGUGUUUCGAGCAUUUGGGAAAUGUAUUCCUACACAGUAUUUACAGUAUUGCACUCUUUGUAUUGCAGAACUGAAAUAUUACCAACAAGAGGUGGACGGGGCCGUCUUCUGUCUCCUGAACAGGAAACAGAGAUCAUGAACAUGGUUCUUGAAAAUAACGCCAUUACCUUACGGCAAAUACAAAGAAAAAUAAUAGAAAACAAUGAGAUAUUUCAAAAUAUUGAUAGGGUAAGUUUAUCAACGCUGGACCGUGUCUUGCACAGAAAUAAACUGAGGAUGAAGCAGGUCUACAGGGUGCCAUUUGAGCGCAAUUCAGAAAGAGUCAAAGAAUUGCGAUAUAACUAUGUGCAAAGAGUCCUUGAGCUGGAGGUGGAUGCAGUGGAGCACCAGUUCAUCUUCAUUGAUGAGGUUGGAUUCAACCUCACAAAAAGACAAAGGAGGGGAAGGAAUAUAAUCGGCCAGCGUGCCAUUGUUGAAGUCCCUGGCCAGCGCGGAGGGAACAUCACAAUGUGUGCAGCGAUGACCCACCAUGGCAUCAUCCAUCACCAUGCUACCCUUGGCCCCUACAACACUGCCCAUCUGAUCACAUUCCUGGACACCCUACACAACACACUCAUUCCACCAGAUCAGAUAGACGGCCCAGAGCAGCUCAGGUACGUUGUCAUUUGGGACAACGUAAGCUUCCACCGGGCUGCUCUGGUUCAUAACUGGUUCACUGACCACCCACGCUUUUCAGUUGUUUAUCUCCCUCCAUAUUCUCCAUUCCUCAAUCCUAUUGAGGAAUUUUUUUCUGCCUGGAGAUGGAAAGUGUACGACCUAAAUUCAGAAACGCGUAUACCCCUUUUCCAAGCUAUGGAAGACGCAUGUGGAGAUAUAGCAGUUGAUGCUUUUCAUGGCUGGAUUCGCCAUGCUAGGCGAUAUUUCCCCCGCUGCUUGGCCAGGGAAAACAUUGCUUGUGAUGUAGAUGAGGUGCUGUGGCCAGACCGAAACAGAAGAGAGGAUGCAGCAUAGUUUAUUUUGUUUUGUUUUUUUUAUUAUUAACUGUAUACAGUAAAAUCUUCUGCACUGUAUGUGCAACUUUGUGUCGGUUGGGAUGUACACUGUGUACAUUGUUUUGUGGGAAAAAUAAAACAUGUUUGUUACAGUAUAUUUGUGUGUUCUGAGUAUAAAAACAAUAUUCUAAAAUAUUUUACAACGCACUUAUGUAUUUAAUGUCUGUAGUAAGUGUAACACUGAACAAAAAGUCAUUAUGAUGAAUGGAGAAUGGUGUUUUACACUGAGCACAUCAGUGUUUAAAUGCUUUUUUUAAUUGUCUGUUCAUAUGAUAGUUUGUGUGUGUCAUCUGAACACAAAAUGGCCUUUUGUGAAGAGAUAAAACUGUUUUGAAUGUAAAGUUUCAUUUUGCAGGAGAAUUGAAGGGUUUUGCCCAUUGUGUGUGUGUUUGUUGGAUU